AUGGACGAUCAACCGACGCAGCAAGAGCGGAACGUUUAUGACCAUCGGGACCUCGUGAACGCAAGAGCGAGAAACGAGAACAUCGUCGUCAAAAAUCUAAAAAAGAAGAAAGAAUUUGCAGAUUGUAUGGCGUCCCUCGACAAACAGUUGGAUGAUAGUCUCACUCAAGUGAUGGAUGAUGAGGACUCGGCAGUUACCAAUAACAAGUCUCACAAACCACAAGAACUUAUGGUCAACUAUGCUGACUUUACUCACGAUUUGAUCAACAAUCCGAGCGGUGACUUGAUUUCGCACAGCAAUGCAGAUUUGUCACUCGUGCAAUAA